AUGGCCGGGCCGUCAUCGGCUUCUCCUACUAGCAACGGAUUCUCGGAAGAGAAACGUGCCCUUUCCCCCGAGACUCGGGCGAGCACUGUCACCAUAGCCGGCGAGCCACCAGCCUACCAUCGCUCUACCAUACCUCGCGAGGAUGUGACAUAUACGUUCGUCAGGACCUCACCUUCUGCAAUGGUUCUCAAGAGUGAAGUACUGGGGAGUGUAUAUACCAUAUUUCUCACGCGGUCGAUUUAUGGAACCCAUUCGUGUGGAUUACCACCGUUCGUAGAGGGGGCCAUGAAGACGGUGAAAUUGUAUCAGAAUUCGAGAUGGGUCUUGCAAGACGAAGGGCCCGGGUGGCCUUACGAGGCAGGACGAUAUGCUGGUCAAUGUAGUCAAGAAAGCUGCACUGUGGGGCUCUCUAAACUUCCAGUUCAGGAAGAAACGGCCAUUAACUGUCAUCUGGUUUCACCGCAAACAUCACUUGCUGUAUUUGCUCCGACGAUAUUCGCCACAAACUCUGAUUCUACGGGCUCGCUUACUGUCACACCUGGGGGACACCACCGAGAAGUCUUUGACCAUAUAAUCACAUCAUUGCUUCUUGUAGAGCGACUUAGGCAGUUGCCCGAUAAGGAGGCGAUGAAAAAUCGACGGACCAACGAUGCUCUAGGAGCAAGUUGGGGCCGCUUAUUUAGCUGGGAGGUAGACCUCAAUACCCUUCUACGCAUUGUUGCGGAGUUUGGGGUCCCUUCAAACGCUCUUUUAACUGCUGCACAAUCCUUCUGGGUACCAUCUGAAAUGAACGCCAGCACGAGCAUUCCCCAGCCUCCUUAUGCAGACGAUACCCCCUUUGAAAUGCCAUAUACCCAUUUUCCAGAACCGCGUAUAUCUAUGUUUGUUUCGCCAUCUGCUCCCACUUCACCGGCGUCCACGAUCGCGUUUCCACAGCCAAUUGUGUCGGGAAGCGUCGUCUCUUCCCCAUCCAGUUCGAUUUACGAUAAUGGUCUAUCUUCCCCUUAUGGUCACCAGGACUUCUUGUCUGCUGCACAUGCCACCCGCCCUCCAAGGCGGCCCUUACCCACAACUCCUGCCCAAACAGCGCCUCCGAGCGGCUGGCCACAUCCCGGCUCUGCCAAUCACAUACUACAUGGUAGAGGCGCUCUAAGCGAAGGGGAAAUCCCCCGAACACGGUCUAUGAAAAUUAACUUACCUGAUCCAAAAACACUCGAAUUAUUGAAACCUGAAGAAGUAGAAUCUGGUAUUGGACUUCAGGUAUUUCAAGAAAAUAAACUAAACCGUGAUGAUCGGUACUGGCACAGAAUAGUGCCCGAAUCAGCUCAGCAGAAACUAGACAAAAAGGAACGCGCUCGACAACAGGAGAUAUUCGAAAUUAUAUCAUCGGAACAACUAUACGUUUGCGAUUUAGAAGUCUGGCUGAAGGCAUAUCGAGACCCAUUGCGUACCGAGGGUAUCAUUCCAUCUCAAGCUCUGGAUUCUCUUAUUAGAGAUAUAUUCGCAAAUAUCGAAGAGAUUAAAAUACACCACGAAGUGCUUUUAAAAUCACUUUUUGAGGCACAAAAGAAGAAUUUUCACAAGUUUACAGCAUUAUGGAUGAAUUAUUCGAUGCAGUAUCGAACGAAUCAUUUCAAAGGUCGUAUGUUAAAUACAUCUCGUCGCGAAAAGCACGAAAACCCGGGCUAUGCCGCAUUUGUUUCUUCUGAUGCCGCGACUGCCCGACAUCCAUACGUCCAACGGAUGGGAUUCUCUUCUUUUAUCCAGCGUGCCGGACGUCGUCUAGGACAGUUGAAACUCUUGGUUGAACAAUUAAGUAAAAGCACAGACCUCCUUCAUCCCGAUCACCAAGGCUCUAUCGAAAUGGUGCUUGAUAUGCUACACCGUACUGUGAUGAAAGGACAAGCCGAUGGCCAAGCAUCUGCAGAGGAGAUAGCGCUUAGAUCUUUCCGUGAGAGUUUGGAAAAUCAUCCCUGGGAUUUUGCCGACCUCGGCCUGGCCCAUGCCCACCGGGUAGUGAAGUUCGAAGGUAGACUAACGCAAGUAUAUCCUCCUUCAAAUUCGACACUCUACGUCGUACUUCUUGAUAAUUACCUUGUUUUUACCCAACUUUCGGGGCAUGAGCACAAGAGACGCCUCCUUCAUAAGCCAAUUCCACUAGAGCUCCUUGAUGCUGAGCUCGACACUGGCCCUCUGAGAACGCGGAUCCGUGUGACAUCCAUGUUAUCCAGGACGGACGACAUGGAAACAAUUCGGUUUUCCAUCAAACGCAAUGGCGAAGAAGUAGUACAAGUCGGCGCACAAUCUAAAGGGCUGGCCGAAAAAUGGAUCGAUCAGAUCAAAGAAGCUGUCCUACUUCGCAAACUUGAUGUUGAUGGCAACAAGCCCAGUCUCUUCAAUGACCCAUUUACUGAGGAAUCAAGUUACAAUCUUGGCCGCCUGCUCGUUUGUUCUCAGGGAACACCCUUUAUAGCCGGUGCAACUACAACAGGAGUUUUUGUUGGACAAAAGAAUGAUUACACAGCUCGCUCCGUUGAGGCGCUUCCAGCUACCGACGUUGACCACAUUAUUCAUCUACCUUGGAUAGGCCUGGUAGUCCUACACGGGGGAUCUGAUCGGCCCGACGGUCAUCCUUUUUGGAAGACACGGGAAUCCCCCUAUCUAGCCCGAGCGAUGGAUACAUUAGCACGUUUAUCUUUUGAAGCGGCGACUGAUGCAGCCUUAGUUGCAUUCAUCUCCAGAGGUGUCAUUCGUAAAAAGUUGCAGUUGCUUAUUUACGAUCAUCCAUCGAGCACCCUACAGCGACUUGGUGAUCCGGCCUCGAUACCGGAAUCGGUGACUGGUAUUUCGUUUGUCUCUGGGAUGCUGUUUUUGUCUGGGAGAACUUGUCAGGUGAUAACUGAUCCUGUAAACGCUCCUGCGAACAUUUCGACGUGGCCAGUAUUCGGACCGUCAUUUAUCGACUCAUUUAAUUUGAAGUACAGCUGUUCCAUUAGUCGAUUCAUCUCAGCACUGGAGACGGAGCCUGGAAAGAUACUUCUUGUAUACGAGUCCCAUGGAUGCUUUGUUGAUCCAUCAGGAGAGCCCAUUUCUUCCCACCGCAUGCUUGUAUGGUCUACGACUCCCAAGGCUGCGACCUAUUGCAAGAACUAUAUAGUUCUAUUUAGCGACCGAAAGAUCGAGAUUCGACGUAGCACCGAUGGACUUCCGCUGCAAAUCGUCGAAUCGCCUAAUUUGACUCUGAUAAAUCCUGCGUUGACUUAUUCGGCUACUGAGGCCCCCUUGGUCGUCUCACAUGGUCAGGAUGGCAUUGAAAGGCAGCUGCUUGGUGAAUUGUUGCCCACAUCUAAAAUUGAAUGGGACCCCACUUCUACAUGA